AUGUCCCAGGAGGAGGCCACAGAGGGUUCCAACACAGAAGACCCUGUUCUCAGGCCCCAGGGCGACUCUGGGCUUUUCCAGGAGGACAUGGAAGGAGUCAGCUUCAUGCCAGUUCUGGUGCCAGAUGGGCCAGGGGUGAACGCUGGGGCCAGAGUGUGGGCUGGCAGCAGGAAGCGGGUCCUUACGGAAGAGGCCCAUUCAGGUAUUAGCUCCCAGAUCCAAGUGUUAAUUGGGUACAAGUACUUGGAGACUGAGAAAUUUGAAUAUCUGCCCCCUGCAGGCGAUGGGAUUCAGCCAGGCAGCCCAUAUGGCCCCAUUGAGCUCCUACUGCCCAGUGGAAGAAAGGCCCAUAGGCCAGCCCCAGAGGACCCUCCACAGAGCCCUGCACUGUGCCUGCAAGUGUCUGGAGAGGUUUCUGCGGAGUGGCAAGAAGCUGAGCACCUCAUGGGGACUGGCAGUGAUGAAGGCUCGACCCCUUCGCACAGCCAGGAGGAGCUGGAGGUCAAGGCUCAGCCAGGGUACUGGGGGAGGUGGGAGUUGGGACUCCCUGUCCCUUCUGACACCCAUGCCAGCUCUCUGGAGCCCUUGGCUAGCCUCAGCACCUCCCUAGAGCCUGCAGCCAGCAAAGCCCACGAAGGCCCAGUCAGGGACUGGAGAAGAUCUAAGGAUGCUAUACUGAGGAGGAGCACAGACAACAUAGUCAACUCCAACCAGGACCAGUCAGAGGAAUCCAGCCCAGGAGGCUGCCUCAAACUGGAGGAAGUGGACAUGCCCCAUGGGGUGAAGCAUGUGUGUUACUUUGGUUCUGGGUUAGUGAUCCGACUCCUGGGGGCCAUCAGCCACAGCCAGGCAGGGGGGUCACAGGCUCCAAAGUUGGAGGCCCUGGAAGACUUGAUGGAGGUCAGCACAGUCUCACCUGCCCGGAGGCCCAGAACAAAGGCAAGGCCCAUGGCCCAGCGCCCCACUGGGUGCCAGGAGGCAGGCAGCUCCUGUGGGGCAGCCAGUGCUGAGUGUCCAGGAUGUAGAGCAAUGGAGGCUGAAGAGGAAGAGCCUGGUGAAGGGGAAUUGGGGGAGGACUCAGCUGAGCCUCAGCCCCAACAAGAGAAAUUACCCCUGGAUGUCAGAGUACGGGACAUUGUGGUCCACGCCAUACAGGAGGUGUUGCAGAGUCGUCUUCAGGAGCUCCCACACCUGGUGCUGAGUGAGGAGAUGGUGGGGAGUAUUGCUGCCGGAAUUGAGGCAGCCCUCUUCGACCUGACGCAAGAGACCAACUGCCGCUACAAGACCAAGUACCGCAGCCUGGUGUUCAACCUGCGCGACCCCAGGAAUCUGGACCUGUUCCUCAAAGUGGUUCGCGGAGAUAUCACCCCCCACAGCCUGGUGCGAAUGAGCUCAAUCCAGCUGGCCCCCCAAGAACUGGCCCGCUGGCGGGAACAGGAAGAGAAAAAGGGCCUGGAGAUCAUUCAGCAGCAGCAGCAGGAGCCAUGCAGCCUCCCAGCCACCAAACUAACCCACAAGGGCGAGGUGGAGAUCCUGCGGGAUGUCGACCAGAUGCUGACACUGGAGGAUCUGGUGGGACCCAUGGUGUCCAUAGACCACAGCCCAUCAGCCCUGCCUGCCACAUCAGGGGACACCACAGAGCAGCACGAGCAGCACUUCCUAGACCCUAACUGCCGAAUCUGCAAGGACUGGGAGCCCUCGGGUGAGCUGCCAGACUGCUUCAAAGCCAUCAGGAGGAAAGAAGACAAUAUCUUCCAGAGAGUCCCAAGCCCAAGUCCUGUGUCCUCUCCAGAGAUGCCCCUAAACAGGGAGAGGCCUCUCACAGAUACCCAGGACAGGUAUGGGGCCAGGGGCUGGGAAAUACCUGCUGGAUCCACAAAGACCCUGCCUAGCCAGCCUCCCUGGGAGGGAACUCUAGAUAUGUUCUCCAUCAAGCGGUUCCGGGCUAAGGCCCAACUGGUCUCAGGGCACAGCUGUCGGCUCGUUCAGGCCUUGCCUGAAGUGAUCCGCUCAGCGGGCUGCAUUGCCCCAAACACUGUCUGGGACCUGCUGGCCAGCAUCUGCCCAGCUGAGGCCAAGGACAUCAGUGUGGUCAAACUGUGCCCACAAGGGGCUCGGGACACCCAGAACUGCCGCCUGCUCUACUCCUACCUCAACAAUAAGCAGCGCCAUUGCCUGGCAGCUGUGGACCACAUGGGGGUGGUCCUGCUGCCCCUGCCUGCCUUUCAGCCCCUGCCCGCCAGAUUGCGUCCUCUUGGAGGCCCAGGCCUGGAAAUCACUCAUUCAAGCCUGUUGCUGGCUGUGUUGCUCCCCAAGGCAGGGUUGCCAAACACAGCAGGCUCCAGCCCCUUGAGGGGGAAGGUUCGCAAGAUGGUCUCCUUCAACAGGAAAGUGGAGACAAGAUGCUACCAGCCAGAGGACAGGAGGCAGGAUAUGGCCCUGAAGGGCUCCCCUUUCCCAAGGGGUGCUCUGCACCAGAGCCAAGGCAAUGGCAGCCUGGCUCAAGGGGGGGUUUGUGCUCAGUCAAAGCCCUCCAGAGGCAGGGGGAGAUUGUGGGGAGAGCCUGAGGACUCACAGGUUCCUGCACGAGGGCAGUGGCCCCCAGAACCAGGUGGGUGCCACUCCUGGAACCCUUUUUCAGCAGCACCGGCUGGCCAUUGCUUUGGCCGUGGCCAGCACCUCCACAAGCCCUCCUGUCCCCACCAGGCCCUGCUCCAGCACCUCGAAUCCCUGGUGACUAUGAGCCACCAGCUCCAAGCCUCACUGUGGCCUUCAGGCCAGCAGCUCUUGCCCUCACCUUUGGCAGUGUCUGCUCAGCACCCUGAAGCCCCUGGAAUUCCUUGUCUCCCUACACCUCCAGAACCCCUGGGCCCAGUCCCUGACUCCCAUAGAUAG